AGCUUGUACUUGAGUAAAAAUUAAUCAAUCGAUAUUGGUCUGCAACCACUAGAACCAAAUUCUGAGAUUGUAUUUAAAACAAAUAACCAGCCCAGAAAGAUGCUUCAAAUCGAUAAACAAACAACAGGAAGCACAUGAUUAUCAAUACUAUGAACCGAGAGUGAAAUGAAAACCAACAGAAAUUGUUCAUAGCGUCUAGAUAUGUUGACACCUGUCAAACGCCAAAGUGAUUUUGAUGACACUUUGUUAGACCUGAGUGUGCAUCCACGUUCCAUGGGAGAUGUCGGAUGAUCGGGGGAUUUCAGGAAGUUGUCACAUUAUUUCUUGUCAAUCCCAGCGUUCAACGAAAUGUGCGAAGUGCGACGCUCUGUCUGCGUAAAGGCGUUCCACAAGGGGCCAAGUUUCUCAUGGUUGUUGCCCUCAUAUUGGCGGAUUGUUCUGGUUCUGCCGCCAGUUCGAUCCUGAUUACUCACUUGGUAAUAUGUUGUGCACCGGAAUUGUUAUUCUGCUCGUCCUAGGAUUCCAGGAUUGCCGUUGUGGCCGGGUCCUCAUUUCUCGGCCCAAGUCACAGAGAACGAGCCCAUCCAAGAUUAGUGAAACAUUCGCACUCCCCCCGAAAGACAUGACCGCAGACUUUGCAUUUGACAAGAUCAUCCUGGAGAACCAAGACCCAAAGUCCUCUCGAAAGGGGUCUCUACCCUCACAAAUCACAAUCCAAUCGAAUCCAUCCACUCACUCCUACGACUUCUCCUUCCGCAAUCCCAAAUCCUUGAUCAAACCUGAGAGAUUGGUCAAGCCCCAAUAUUAUCUUGAACAACCCCGCCAAUCCCAACACUACCAAUGGACUCAAGGGCUCAAUGCUUUGGCCACCAUUCACAGCCAAGAGGAAUAUGAAGAUCACGAAGACUCUUCAUCUGAUUACCCUCGCUUGAACGAGCUCCAGAUCAAGCCCUUGGCGAAAUCCAACCCUCCAGCCAAGGUCAAUUUCACGAUACAACCGUCAAAUCCUCAAGUGAAGCCGCACUUGAGGGUACUGAGUCUAUCGGUGAACAAGGGUCAACAGAGAAGGCAGUCGUCCAAACCGAUCAAGAGGAUCGUUCGGAGGAUGAAAGCGCCCUCACCAUCAGCCAGCGGACCAUCAUCCUCUUGGGUCAAAGCGAGUUCCCCGGCGGAGAAACCUGUUGUCAAUCCAAAGCCAAAGCGGAAUGUUGGUCCAAGGAACGUCAAUAAUUCGUACUCUCAUCCGUCAAGGAGGGAUGUGAUUCCAAUCGUCAAACAGGUGGGGAACAUGGAGCAAUCUGGUGAUAGAAGAUUUUUCUUUGAGUAUGAGGGAGGAAAUGGCGUCAAGCGCAAUGAGGAGGGCUACCUUAAAGAUCCUAACUCUCCCAAUCCAAUUCAAGUCAUUCAGGGAUCAUACUCUUACCCAGGACCAAAUGGAAAGAUUUACAGUGUCAUUUAUGUAGCGGACGAAAAUGGAUUCCGAGCCAGUGGCGAACACCUUCCAGUUUGAUUUGUUAAAAACCCAGCUAGUGCAAUUCUCUUGGGUCUCCUGUUUGCAACAAAAUGACAAUUUUUCCCAAUUUCUAUUAAUAUGCCAUGGUCAUUUAUUUGCACGCAUAGACUCCGAAAAGAAUGAAACACCCAUUGGACAUUAGGCAUCUAUUUUCCUUUCUAUUCUCAACUCAAUAAACACUAUCA